AUGGCAGCUGUUGGAGUUUCAAGCCUGUUGUUUUCAAAGAGUUUGCCUUCGUCGCAUUAUCGUCGUGGUAAUGCACCAAGGGUCCUCAUGGGGCCUGUCUCUCUCCCAAAGCAUUCUGGUAGAGGUUUGGUUGAGGAUUUUGAAAGGAGAAACGGUGCUUAUACAGUUGAUACUACUACCCUCCUGGAAAGGUAUUCCGUUUCUAGCCCGAAAACCCAACAUUGUUCGAGACAUGACACGAAAUCUUCUGAUCCUCAGGUGAUCGCCAAGCUUUAUGCAGUUAUGGAGGCUGUUGCGGAUAGGGUGGAGAUGCAUAAGAACAUUGGAGAGCAGCGUGACAACUGGAAUCACCUCCUUUUGACUUCCAUCAAUGCCAUGACUCUCACUGCUGCCACCAUGGCUGGACUAGCAGCCACAAAUGCAGCAAUGGCUCCCCUCGUGGCACUCAAGCUCUCUUCCACUGUGCUUUACGUAGCAGCCACGGGCUUGUCGGUAAUGAUGAACAAGAUUCAACCAUCCCAGCUCGCUGAAGAACAAAGAAAUGCUGCAAGAUUAUUCAAGCACCUUCAUAGUCAAAUUCAAACAACGAUGUCUCUUGGCACACAUGAUAUUAACGAUGUUAAUGAAGCAAUUGAAAAAGUUUUAGCUAUCGAUAAGGCAUAUCCACUUCCUCUACUAGGUGCUAUGCUUGAAAAAUUCCCGUCAAAGGUUGAACCUGCAAGGUGGUGGCCGCAACAAAAGCGAAAACAAAGACCUGGUGGGAAUAUAGAAGGAAAUAAUGGCUGGAACAGGAAGCUGGAGGAGGAAAUGAGUCAAGUUCUUGGGGUUUUGGAGAAGAAAGACUUCGCUGAGUACAUAAGGUUGGGUAACAAAGCACUAAAACUCAACAAAGUCUUGGCAAUUUCUGGUCCCUUACUAACCCUUUUAGGGGCUUUGGGGUCUUCCUUUGUGGGCAGUACUCCUUCUCCAUGGCCUGUGAUGAUGGGAGUCAUAGCAGGUGCGAUGGCAACCAUCGUGAACUCAAUGGAACAUGGCGGCCAAGUGGGAAUGGUGUUCGAGAUGUACCGCAGCAAUGCCGGCUUCUUCAAGCUCAUUGAAGAGAGCAUAAUGUCAAACACAGAUGAGAGAGAAGUUGAGAGAAGAGAAAAUGGAGAAAUUCUUGAAAUGAAGGUAGCUUUACAGCUAGGAAGGAGCCUAUCAGAGCUCAAGAAUCUUGCGGCAUCAUCUAGGGAAGCAACUGAAGAAUUUGCUAGCAAGCUAUUUUAA